AUGAGGACCACGGUGCGCGCAGGUAUCGCCAUCGCCCUGAUUGGCACCGUGCUGCUGCUGAAAAAUCAUCUGGAAUACAUCCGAUCGCAGUGGCCGCAGUCCGUCGAAAUUGCCACCACAGCCGAGGGGAGCUAUGAGCUGAAAGAUGGCGACCUCUAUUUCGUGUCGGGCUCCUUCGUGACACCGACCGCUUCCGCUCAGGACUCCAUGAUAUACACCGAAUGGGAAGCGACGUCCACUCCAAUUGUGGGAGAAUCUACUCCCUCAGCGGCAGCGGCGGAAGCACCGGCGAAGGAAUCGGCAUCACCAGCCGAACCAGCAUCAUCAGAGGGACCAACGCUCCCCGAGGAACAAAAGCUCCCGGAGCAUCCGACCGCUUCGGAGGAGAAGGCCGUGCCAAUCUCAUUAUCGCAGAAUGCAUCGGUUGCAAAGCUUGAUCAAGUCAUUGUCGUUGGAAAGACACGGUGGGAGAACACAGACUGGGUCACGGAGGAACUGUCUGAUAGUUGGCAGAAUGCAAUCUAUGAGGUCAACAAUCCGGAGGCGCCGUUGAGGGUCAAGAAGAACAAAGGCAAGGAAAGCAACGUCUAUCUGCAAUAUAUUUUGGACCACUACCACGCCCUUCCGUCGAUCAUCGUUUUCUUGCAUGCGCACCGCGCUAAUGCGUGGCAUAUUGAAUUUGAGCAAGACAACGUGCGGAACAUGCGGCGUCUGAAGAUCGACCACGUCCGAAAGUCCGGAUAUGUCAAUCUGCGUUGUAACUGGGGGCCUGGAUGCCCGGACGAAGUGCAGCCGAACCGAGAGCAGCAUGACGAGCGCUGGACGGAGAUUGCCUUUGCGGACGCCUGGAAGAGCAUGAUGAACACGACUGUUCCGGAAGUCAUCGCCGUCCCAUGCUGUUCGCAAUUUGCGGUCACGCGAGAACAGGUUCUCGCGCGCCCGUAUAGCGACUAUCUAGGGUAUCAUAACUGGCUUAUGCAGACCCAUCUCGACGACGAAACUAGCGGGCGCAUUUUCGAGUACCUGUGGCAUAUCAUUUUCGGGCAGGAUCCCGUGCAGUAA